UUGGGAUCGGUGGAGGUAACAUCGGAGGCGGAAUCGGGGGCGGAAUUGGUGGUGGCAGCACUGGAGGCGGAAUCGGAGGUAACUUUGGAAGCGGAACAAUCGGAUCCGGCAUUAAUGGUAUCAACAACGGGAUGGGAAAUAAUCCACGCCCGAAUCCAGGCGGUCAGUCCGGACAGGGCGGCGGACAAGUCACGAUUUCUAUUCCGACCACGGUGUCGUCAGCCGGACAGGGUGGUGGCUUCAAGAUUUGCUACAGCGUACCAGCGCAAGGGCAGUCGAUGGCAUUUAACGCAGCUCCGGCGAUUAACCUCCAAAUCGUGCUGAAUAUGGUCGGUGGCGGCGGCGGUGGCGGAAUGGGGGGAAAUAUUGGUGGCACCGCUAAUCUGCCCGCGACAAGCAACUGUCCGAAUCCGGGUAACCAAAAUCCUAAUCAGCCACAGCCAGGAAAUCCAAACACGCCGGGCGGGGGUGGCAAACCAGGAGGUGGAGAAACUCCAGGAGGCGGACCAAAACCGGGCGGAGCAGAUACACCAGGAGGUGCUGACAAGCCGGGAGGCGGGGAUAAACCAGGAGGGGAUAAACCUGGAGGAGGGGAUAAACCCGGAGGUGGAGACAAGCCAGGCGGCGAUAAGCCUGGAACCGGAGAUAAGCCUGGAACCGGUGAUAAACCGGGCGGAGAUACUAAGCCAGGCGCCGGCGAUAAGCCAGCGGGCAGCGGUGACAAACCAAGUGGCGAUGACAAGCCCGCGGGCGGUGAUAAACCGGGAGGAGAUAAACCCAGCACCGGAGACAAACCCGGAGGAGACGCGAAACCCGGUAUUGGCGACAAACCAGCUGGUAGCGGAGACAAGCCUGGAGAUAAGCCGGCAGAUAAGCCAGGCGACAAACCGUCGGAUAAGCCAUCCGAGAAACCCGGAGAUAAACCGUCGGAUAAGCCAAGCGACAAACCAGGCGACAAACCUUCCGAUAAGCCCGGAGACAAACCUAGCACGGGGGACAAACCAGGAGGAGACGCCAAGCCCGGUAGCGGCGAUAAGCCAGCCGGAAGCGGCGGUGAUAAACCUGCAGACAAACCAGCAGACAAACCAUCGGAUAAACCAUCCGAUAAGCCUACUGAUAAACCGGGAGACAAGCCAUCGGAUAAACCUUCUGAUAAACCGGCUGAUAAACCAUCUGAUAAACCGUCUGACAAACCAUCCGAUAAGCCAUCUGAUAAACCGUCGGAUAAGCCUUCCGACAAACCGGCUGAUAAACCGUCGGAUAAACCGUCCGAUAAACCGUCGGACAAGCCGGCGGAUAAACCGUCCGAUAAACCGUCCGAUAAACCGUCGGACAAGCCGGCGGAUAAACCGUCCGAUAAACCGUCGGACAAGCCGGCGGAUAAACCGUCCGAUAAACCGGCUGAUAAACCGUCCGAUAAACCGUCUGAUAAGCCGUCCGAUAAACCAUCUGAUAAACCAGCAGAUGACAAGCCUGCCGAUAAACCAAGCGACAAGCCUUCAGAUAAACCGGCCGAUAAGCCGUCAGAUAAGCCUAGCGACAAACCUUCUGAAAAACCAAGCGACAAGCCGACCGAUAAACCAGCCGAUAAGCCGAGUGACAAGCCAGCAGAUAAGCCGUCAGACAAGCCGGGAGACAAACCAGCAGACAAGCCAGCGGACAAGCCCAGUGAUAAACCGAGUGACAAGCCUUCAGACAAACCAAGCGACAAACCAGCCGAUAAACCGGAGGAAAAACCUGCUGAUAAACCAGGAGAGAAGCCAGCUGACAAACCAGCCGAUAAACCCAGUGACAAGCCGUCCGACAAGCCAGCGGAUAAACCUGCUGAUAAGCCGGGAGACAAACCCGCCGAUAAACCCAAGCGGAAAUAAUCUUUUUUAAAAAAUAAUGGGCUGCGAGUUACUUCUCGCUACCUUGCAGUGUUUGACUUGCGAGAUGUGCAAAUGAAAAAUGCAUUAGGUGUUGCACUUAUAUAAUAUGUAGUUACCUAUUCCCUGUUAAAAUCAUCGUUAAAUAGCCUAAUAUUACAUUAGGUUUCUCGCCGACUGUCGAGAAGCUGGCGUUAUUUGGUGUUCGCCUUUGGAUUUAAAUUUAUUUUAAAAAAUUCUCUAUUUGGUUUCAUGAAUAGUUUAUAUUAAAAUGUUUUAUUUCAUGUAAAUAAUGCGAG